AUGGCUCUACAGUCCUACAAGAACCCGAACCUCCUCCACUACAGCCAACCAAUCUCCACGGUCUUGUGUUACUUACCUCCAUCUUCGAGUAACCAGCCGCCUCAGAUCGUCCUCAACAUCCUCCAGCCAUCCGAUACCUCUACUUCUUUUGCCAUCCGGCUUCUCAUGCAGCAUCCUCUUUGGCAUUCUUGCCACAUGAUCUAA